GCCGGAGAACCCUGAGGACUCUGACGAUUCCUACAGUGAACUCCCAGAGUUUGCUGUGGCGGACGAUGCCUGCUUCCAAGCUGUGGGUCAUCAAGCCGGAGGUCACGUGGAAUUUCUGCACAGCCCAGCUCAUCAGGGCUUAAUCUUCAAGCCGGUGACACCCGGUGAGGAAGGUUUCUACCGAUCUCUUCCUGCUUCAUUGGCUCGAUUCACAUGCAGAUGUUUCGGCCGAUGCUGCAUUCCCCCAGAACAGAUUGACGCCCAAGCUGGCAAGGAACCUUUCCCCACUGCCUUCCUGGUCCUAGAAGACCUGACAGAAGGUUUGGCUGAAGCGGCGGUAGCGGACUUGAAGCUAGGCUUCAGACAGCGUGCCCCGCACCACAACUCGGUCAAGAGGGAGAGCAUGAUGCGGAAAUGCGCCGAGAGCACUUCAGCAAUCGUGGGCUUCCGAUUAUGCGGGAUGCGCUACUACGACCCGUCGACGGGUGAAAUGACAGCCAUCUCGAAACAAGACUGUCGCAGAGAGAGUGAGGCAAGCUUGCAACAGAAGCUUCAGGUCUUCUUUUGCCCAGUGCCUGAACAAGAAGGCCUUGAGGAGCAGACGCAGAUGAUGGACGUCAUCCAGGAGCUUGAUGCACUUAGCCACGCUGCCAGCAAUCUGCCAGGAUGGCGGUUCUGGGGUGCAUCGUUGCUGGUGGCCCGGGACGCCCGGCCAUUCCUGGAGGGCCAUGGGAAGUCCUGCAUCCGUAUGCGCCUUAUCGAUUUCACAAAUUUCCACCGAGUCGCUGCGGAGGAUGCCGACGGCGAGUUCCUUGGCGCCAUUCACAACGUGCGCCUGCAUUUGGAGCUCUGCCUUCGGGCGCCGAGCGGCUACGUGGAGCUCCCUUUGGUUAUGCCGAACCUUACCAGACAGGACGAGGAGCAAGUUCAGGCAGCGGCCGACCGCGAGCUUUUGAGCCCCAUGUCCGCUCCAA